CCCAGGCCCCAGGUGAUGCGGAUCCGGAAGCAGGAAGUAGUCUGUGCUCCCAGGACCCAGGACCGGUCUGGCUGGGGGAGCCCAGAGGCAGGUGGCACCCAGGACCCUCCUGCUGAGAUGGCCUUGUCGACGGAGGACCUGAAGCAGGAGCUGAACGCUACAGUCCAGCAAGUGCUGGGGAAACUGAAGAGUGGCCAGCUGUUCCAGUCCAAGUGGGACACCGCUGCGUUCCUCAUCUUCCUCAUCUUUCUCGGAGUCGUGCUGCUCCUGCUGCUGCUCGUCUGCUUCCACUGCUGCUGCCCUGACUGCUGCCAGCACCGCUCCCCCAGGUCCCAGAAGAAAAACUCCCGGGGAUUUGAUAACUUGGCCCUGGAACCUUAGCGCAGAGAGUCCCUGCCCCCUGCUCUGGUCCCCCGGGAAGGAGAAACAACGCCUUGUUCAUUUGCAGCCUGAGUGUGGAGCAUGUUCCGACCCUCCCGUCAGGGUGGGCAGUGCAGGCCCUCACUGCUUCAUCUAGAUGCCGCUUGGGUCCCUCAACAGCCCGCAGCUGGCAUGACUGUCACCAGGAGGCCUCAGGUGAUGUGCUGGAGCCACCCAGCAACAGUCUGUGUGGCCAUCCCACUGGGCCCCUCUGCACCGGGAGGCCAGGGGCUCAGUCACUGAGUCCUGAGCCCAGCUCCUGGCCAUCAGGGACCCCCUGGCCAGGCCCCCAUUCAGACAGACAGACAGACAGACAGGGCUCCAGGCAACGUCAGAUGAUCUUUAUUUCUCAGAGGCCCUGCUAGAGCAGACAUGGUCAAGGGCACCACAGCUCACGGGGGGGCGGCCCCUGUCCUCCUUCCCUCCCAACUCACAGCUCAGAGCCACCACCCUCGCCAUCCUGGGGAAGCUUGGCAGGCAGCUAAGAGGGGAGGAAGGAGAGCUCUUGGCCUGGCCCCACCCUGAGUCCAAAGGUUCUGGCCUUGUAGGGAGGGCAGGGCUUGGAACGGGGCCCUGCCUUUCUGACUUCCCCCAUCCAAAAUGAAAAAGCAAGCUAGUGUCCCUCCCAGUGGGUCUAGUGUUCAAUCCCAUCUGUGCAGAUGUGACAGGCAGGACAGGGUGAAGAGAGAAAUAAACAGCCCGCUGGAAACAAA